AUGUGCACCUUGUGCCAGGUCCAGUUCCGCUUGUCACGUGAUAAACUAGCAUGGCCGGAUGCAGCGACCGCGUGCGCCGGAGUUGAUGGACGCUUGGCAAUUCUUGAUAAUCUGGAGCUGCAGACGCUCUUUAACACGCAGAUGACGUCGGCAGUGGGGGAGCCAGUGUGGGUGGGUCGCUAUGUGGCUUACUCGAGCAUCGUCUCCGUCGAUGGUUGCUAUAGAAACCAGUCGCUCGGCAACCGCAUUACUCGAAACAUCGUAGACAACCACUUGGUCACGUGCCUCAAAGAAUGUCAGAAUAGCUCCUUCAUAGGAAUGCAGGGUCAGCUCUGUUUCUGCCUGGAUGCCGUACCGUCGACGGCAGGGGCGGCGGUUCCGGGAGGCAACUGCCGCACUACCUGUCCCGGGGAGCCGCCGAGCGCUACGGCGACCGUCAUGUCCCAGUGCGGAAAUCCAAACCCUCAAAUCAACACUGUGUCCGUCUAUCGGCGAGUUGAUCCCAAGGAAAUCCGACUGGAUCGCAACCAGCCUAACCAGGGGGAAUGUGUAGCCUUCAACUCAAUGACGGACAACUGGGUGACACGGGACUGUAAUAUACCUAGUCCUUUUGCUUGCCUCUCAACGCAGUGUCAAGGUCAAUUCCCGAUGUGCGCCCUGGAGAGCAGCAAUCCGAACACGUGGUUUGGCGCGCGCACAUUGUGCGAGACAUACGGUUACCUAGCGACGGUCAACUUGACGACUAGCGCCAUCUUCAAAGACAACGUCGUGCUGAACGAUCCCCAUUUCUGGACCGGCAUGUUCCGAAAGGAAGCAAUCGUUUGGGACUAUGACGAGAAUCCUCGUCAUUUGGAACGCUCCGACAGAUGUUUCGCCGUUGCUAGGAGACCAGAUGGCGCGUGGGACUGGAUGUUGGACUAUUGUAAACGACCACUCAGAUUCGCCUGCGUUCAGGACACGAAAACAACAACAACAACACAGCCUCCAGCCACCACGGUAACCAUGCCCCCUCGACCUACAGCGCCACCAGUGAUCACAACAACAACUAGACCAACAACAACGCCGCGACUUCCGGUGACGCAAACAACAACCACCGAGGCACAGAAGACAUGGCCAACCGUGGAUCCUAAUGCACUUCCGAUCAAUGUCAAUGGCGGAAGAUCAAGCAUGGGCCUCGGUUUUCUUACAUAUAUUUGUAUGAACUUAGGCGUGAUCCUCGGUACAGCGUUGUUCAUCAUUUAAUACACAUUUUUCGGGUGUUUGUACAUAACGAUAUAUAUGGUGCUUUAUUCAUUUACAUGUGUUCAUUGUUUGUUGCAGAAGCAUAUCGAUGUUGAAUGAGGUAUUUUUUC